AUGUCGCCAAAACAGCCCCAGGCGUCGCUUUUUCAGGUCUUUCUCCGUCUGCGACCUCCGAUUGCCCAGAAAGACGAAUCCGAGCGUUUCCUUGCAGUUGAGGCCCCAGAGACAUCGCAGGAUGACGCAGAUAUUGUCUCCGCAGUGCCAACGCACAUCACUCUCCAACCACCGAAUGAUACCCGAAAGAGGGCCAUUGAGAAGUUCGGUUUUACUAAAGUCUUUGAGGAGGCUGCCUCGCAAUUGGAUGUCUUCCACGACACUGGCAUGGAGCCUAUCAUACGGGGAGUGUUGAAGGAGAACCGCGAUGGACUGGUUGCCACACUAGGAGUGACAGGAAGUGGAAAGAGCCACACGAUCCUAGGAUCCAAGACCGAACGAGGAAUGACCCAGAUGGCGCUCGAUGUCAUAUUCCGCUCCCUGGAACCCACUGUCAAGACCGAGGAUGGAAGCAUCACCCCCAUCGUGCUUGCAUCACUGGCCGCUGCGGAUGCGUCCGAAGCCCAGUUAUUUUCCGCCCAAACUUUCUUGGAAGCUGUUUAUGGUGAACCCGCCGGACGCAGUUCAAGAGCACAAACACCCAUGAGCCCUGGUCGUGCCAACACACCCUUAACGGUACGAAGUCCUCAAGCCCUGAAUUUCCCCCAAGGAUUGUCAACGCCGCGCCCAAAAACGCCUAGUUCGUGUAUCCCAAGACCACGGAGUAGGUCUGGAAGCCCCCGCAAAGUGGAUGCCCUGAUAGCCAGUCUUCAUCGCACCGCGCGAGCUGCCCUAGGCCAGGACUCGCCCGAGCACACUGGCCCCGUUACCCCGAGACUUCACAACCCUCUGCCCUACACCCACACCAAUGUUUUUGAAUCGCAAAUAGCUAAACGACUUUAUGUCUUCAAGGAACCCGCCCCCGCAUUGAAUUUCCCCCGCCGCAACAUUCGUGAACGCCAAGCCGCGCUUCCUCGACUUCCCGACAUGAGCCACCUCACGGUGGAUAUGGAGUCAAAUGCCGACUUCGUGGUUUUGGUAUCCAUGUAUGAAGUGUACAACGACCGGAUCUUUGAUCUCCUUUCACCCGCAAUUGUCUCAGGCCAAGGAACCAUGUCCCGCGGCAACAACCAAAAGGAUCGACGACGCCCGCUGCUCUUUAAGCCAACCGAAGGCUCACCUGACCGUAAAUUAGUCGCAGGUCUGCGCAAAAUUGCUUGUGGUACUUAUGAAGAAGCAUUGGCUAUCUUGGACGUUGGCUUAACGGAACGAAAGGUAACUGGCACUGGAAUGAAUAGUGUUAGCUCUCGGAGUCAUGGUUUCUUCUCCCUGGAAGUUAAGAAGCGUACCUACUCCAAGCGGACUGGCGAGGCCCACUGGCUCGGAAACGCUCUGACUGUCGUUGAUCUGGCGGGCUCUGAGCGCGCGAGAACGGCCAAGACAGCGGGUGCCACACUGGCCGAAGCUGGCAAGAUUAACGAGAGUUUGAUGUAUCUGGGUCAGUGUUUGCAGAUGCAAAGCAACAUCCAGGAUGGCAUGAAGACCGCACUUGUCCCAUACCGCCAGUGCAAGUUGACCGAGCUCCUGUUUUCGAACUCCUUUCCCUCACCUCAUCAAAUGUCCCGGGGACAAUAUCCCCAAAAGGCGAUCAUGAUUGUCACUGCUGACCCCCUGGGUGAUUUCAACGCUACUUCUCAAAUCUUGCGCUACUCCGCAUUGGCUCGCGAGGUCACCGUGCCCAGAGCGCCUUCAAUCACCGAGUCUAUCAUGUCUGCGUCUGGAAGCCAUCGCUCAGUCAGUGGCCGUGCUUCUGUGCAUGAUGACACGGCAGAGGAGCUCGAAAGAGCGGCCAGUGAGAUCGCACGGCUUACUCGCGAUUGCCACGGCCUUGCUGUCAAGCUCGCCGAAGAAGAAAUUGCACGGUCUGAGAUCGAAGCAAGACUCAGUGCUACCGAAGAAAGAUGUCUUAUGAUCGAGCAAGACAUUCGCGAAGAGUGCUGGGCAGAGAUGGAUGAAAAGAUGGAAGAGGAGAGGCGCCGUUGGCAAAAUGCCUGGGACGAGCAGCUCGGCCGCAAUGAUGAACACAUCGACAAAAAGGUCGAGCUAGUUUCCCGUGGAUUCCAGAUCUUUGAAGAUCCGAGUUCAAAUGCACGCAUGGAAGAGCUGGAGCAGGAAAAUGAUGAUCUCCGUCGCCGCCUCAUCGCCCUCGAGCGUGAGAUGCACUCCCAAUCUCCGACCAGAAAGCCAAGGACCAAGAACGCUACCCCUGCUCGUGCUAAUGUCUUGAGCCGCGAGAGUGACAUCGAAAAUGCAUUGCAGCGCAUGGACCAGCUGAAGCUUGCUGAUACCAUGUUUGCUCCUCCAUCGCCUGGAGCAUCUCCUAUCAAGAAGCAGAGGAAAAUGGGCACACGCAAAUGGGAUCUCGCCCCUGAGGACGACAUCUAG